UUCGGGCUGUAAGAAUUGAUGUAAGUCUAAAUGUAUAUACAAUCAAUAACUAAGCACACAUACAAAAGGUAGAUGGAUUUACAAGUGAACAAGGCUAUCAAGGUGCUCGUCUCAUUGGUACUAAAAUUGAAGCUCUAGAAACAAGUAUGGACAAAGUGGCAAAGACAUGCUGUACUGCUAGUCAUCCUGGUACUGCUAGUGUUAAUGGUAUGGCUGGUGAUGAAAUUGAUGGCAUUCUCAGUGGACUGGGUCAACUUGCGCCUGAAAUUAUCUCUACCUUAUCUUCUGUUGCUGGAAAACGAACACAAUUGGAUGAACUGCCUUUGUUGAAGCCUUUGAUUGCUGCUGACGUUCAAAAGUUGUAUAAGAGCAUUGAUUCAUUGAAUCUCUGUAUUCUACAAAGUGUUCCUGCAAGUCGCCAUGCUAUUGCUUCACAUCUAACAAACCAAAUGCAUGCUGGUUUCCUUAAUAUUAUGACAACGUUUGAUAUUUAAAUAAACAGACUUUUUUAUUUGAAG